AUGAACAAGUUCUUCUCCGUCCUCGUGUCUGCUGCCAUACUCGCCACUUCGAGCGUGGCUCAGAUCAUCCCCGCCGGCUCGACCGUUCAGAUCCACUCUGCUCAGAACCCAAGCGCGAACCUCUGCCUCGGCGCUGUAGCCGGUACCCAGCAGUCCGAGAUCCUUCUCGAGCCCUGCUCGCGCAACCUCACUACGUUCGUCCUCCCCGACGGCAUGGCCAACACGCAGAUCGAGCUCGUCGGCGCCGUAUCGGGCCAGCCAGACCUGUGCAUCACGGCGCUCGAGAGCCAGGCCGGUAACACGCCCGUCAUCUUGCAGGCGUGCUCGGACGACUCGUUCGAGCGCUGGUUGAUCCAGGCUGGCCAAGGUACCGGGCAAAUCGUUACUACUGCUCAGGGAGCUCUUGCUCCUGCGUCGUGUCUUACGGCGGUGGGCACUAACCAGGGAGACCCGGUCGAGUUCCGCCCUUGCGCUGACGGUGCGAACCAGCAAUGGACCACUAUUGUGGUUUAG